AUGACCUCGCAACCCUCUCUCGUCCAGCUGAGCAAGCUCGCUGCAUCAUGUUACAAGCUGGCUUUGCUCUCACUGCUGCUUUUUCCGCUAGGUCUGCUCGGACUGUAUCUCUACAACACACCCACCACAUGGAAGGACAGUCGAAGAAAGCACCUACCACCCGGUCCCAAAGGAUAUCCAUUCAUCGGCAAUCUUCUAGACCUCGCAGACUCGGAGCUCGUUAGACACAAGGCAAGGCAGUGGCAUCAGCAGUUUGGGGAUAUCUUCUACACCAAGAUAGGAGGCACCGACUACAUUUGGUUGUCAUCGCCCAAAGCCGUCAAAGAUUGCCUCGACAAGAAAUCGAAUAUCUAUUCGUCGCGUUCGCCGGCACCCUUUGCUCAAGAUGUUGCGAGUGGAGGGAAACGCCAGUUGUUCAUGGCGUAUGGCUCUGGAUGGCGAAAUUUACGUAAAUCGAGCCAUGCGUUGCUCAAUGCUACGAGCGCCGUCAAGUAUCAGCCAAUUCAGGAUUUCGAGUCGAAGCAACUUUUGUCCGAUUUCCUCGAGACACCAGCAAGAUUCUACGAGCACAAUCGCCGGUAUAGCUCCUCUGUAAUUAUGCUGCUUACAUAUGGGUAUCGGCUUCCAACCUGGGAACAUCCUCUGGUAAAGGAGAUUUAUACCGUGCUCGACAAUCUGACCGAGAUGACAGCCCCCGGAGCGCAUGCUGUGGAUAGCUUCCCUUCCUUGGCCCACCUGCCUCAAUGGCUCUUCGGUAACUGGAGGUCACAAGCUGAGAAGGUCUUUGCGCAUGAUAGUAAGGUGUACAUGGACCUUUGGCAGACGCUCAAGAAAUCUGUCGAUGAAGGCACUGCAGCUGAAUGCUUUUGCAAGGACUACUAUCUGAGUGAUCCUCGUAAACAUGGUAUUGAUGAUAUGCAGGCAGCGUACAUGUGCGGUGGGCUUGUUGAAGCAGGAUCAGAGACCACCAGCACGACUUUGAACAAUUUCGUCCUUGCCAUGAUCCUCUUUCCAGAGGCAAUGAGAAGGGCACAGGAAGAGAUCGACCGAAUUAUUGGCAGUGAUGGUCUCAGGAUGCCGACAUGGGAUGACGAGCUCAGCCUUCCUUAUACCCGGGCAUUGGUCAAGGAAACUCUUCGAUGGAGGCCAGUCAACAAGUUCGGAAUGCCUCACUACACCAGCGAGGAUGACUGGUACGAGGGUUACUUCAUCCCUAAGAACUCAGUCGUGAUGCUAAAUUGGUGGGCCAUCCAUAUGAAUCCUGAGCUUUACAAGGACCCGGAAAUCUUUGAGCCCUUACGAUACCUCGACAAACCACUAUCGGCGGCAGAAUACAUCAAUGCAAACGAUCCUUUUGAGCGAGAUCAUUUUACAUAUGGCGCUGGUCGUCGGGUUUGCCCUGGAGUCCAUGUGGCCGAGAAGUCGCUCUUCAUCAAUGUUGUCCGGACAUUGUGGGGGUUUGAUAUUAGAAAACCUACGGGAGCGGACGGGGAGCCCAUCGAGCCUGAAACGACCAUGAUAAGAGGAUUUCUCAGUGUCCCCAAACCAUUCAAAGCAGACAUUUCGGUUAGGUCACCCAAUCAUGCAACCACCAUACGCAAGUCGUUCGAGGCAGCAGAAAGAGAGGGCAUUAAAUUUUGUCGCCCAAAAGCAAGAUGA